GAGACGGUGAUGAGCGGCACGAGCGUGAGCGUGAGAGAGGGAGAGAUAGGAAGAGCGAGCGAGAUCUCCAAUUUAGGGUUUUGAAUUUCAUUUUCCUCAAGGUCAGUGAGCGCCUAAUUCACCGAAUUUCUUUCAGUUUUCUUUUUAUCAAAUUUUUUUCUUUGACAGUGGUAGAACACCACCCCGCAAAAGCUGAUUUUCAAUUGGUAUAUGAUGAUGAUGAUGUUGAUGAUGACAAUAAUUGUGUGUGAGAAAGAAGUGUGCUUGUUAUGUGCAGGGGGCGAGUGUGAGAUAUUUAGAGAGAGAGGAGUGAAAAGAACGCUGAGUGCUCUGCUGAGAGAUACCAUUACCCAAGAGGAGGAGGAGGUGGAUAGAAUUUUUAUUUUUAUUUUUAUUUUUUUAUUUUUUGUUUUCUUCCCCCUUCAAAGUGGUGGAUAGGGAUUUUUCCCUCUGCAGCAUUCGAUUCUCUUUCAUUCCGCUUUGUUGAAGUUUCAAAUGGAUCAGCGAAAGCUUGUGGUUUUGGGUAUUCCGUGGGACGUUGAUACUGAGGGCUUGAGGGAAUAUAUGACCAAAUUUGGUGAACUGGAAGAUUGCGUUGUUAUGAAGGAGCGUUCAACUGGACGGUCUCGUGGUUUUGGAUAUGUUACAUUUGCUUCAGUGGAUGAUGCGAAGGAAGUAUUAUCAAGCGAACAUAUUCUUGGUAAUAGGAUGCUGGAAGUCAAAGUGGCCACACCGAAGGAGGAGAUGAGGGCACCAGUCAAAAAAGUUACCAGAAUAUUUGUGGCCAGGAUUCCACAAUCAAUAACAGAAACAACUUUUAGAAGUCAUUUUGAGAAAUAUGGGGAAAUAACAGAUUUGUACAUGCCAAAGCAGGAUCAAGGCUCAAAAACGCAUCGUGGAAUUGGUUUUAUCACUUUUGCAAAUGCAGAUUCUGUGGAGAAUUUGAUGUCAGAAACUCAUGAACUGGGAGGUUCUACUGUGGUGGUUGAUCGAGCUACACCUAAGGAGGACGACUAUAAGCCAGUUGGCAGAAUGUCCGAGGGAGGAUAUGGUGCAUACAAUGCUUAUAUUUCUCAAGCAACUAGAUAUGCAGCACUUGGUGCUCCUACUUUGUACGACCAUCCUGGCCCAAUUUAUGGAAGGGGAGAGCCUGCUCGUAGAUUUGGUAAAAAGAUUUUUGUGGGCCAUCUUGCCCCUGAGGCAACCACUGAGGAUCUUCGGCAAUAUUUUGGAAGAUUUGGCCGUAUAUUAGAUGUUUAUGUUCCCAGGGAUCCUAAGAGAUCAGGUCAUAGAGGUUUUGGAUUUGUUACUUUUGCUGAAGAUGGUGUAGCAGAUCGUGUCUCUCGAAGGUCUCAUGAGAUUUGUGGACAGCAGGUGGCAAUAGAUUCAGCCACACCUGUUGAUGAUGCUGGGCCCAGUGGGAAUCUUAUGAUGAAUAGUGUGGAUUCUUUUGGGGGAUAUGGUGGUCCUGUACGAACUUAUGGGAGGAUGUAUGGUAGCUUAGACUUCGAUGAUUGGGGUUAUGGAACUCCCAGUGGUAGACCAUCAAGAGCAGAUUGGAGGUAUAGACCAUACUAGUAGGGCACAUUUUUAUUUAAAAUGCUAGCAUGGGUACCAGCGAACUAUGGUGCAGGUUUUCCAGCAUGAAUAAUUUUUAGUCGUAAACACUAUGGAUUGGAUUUUACUUAUCAAUCGUAAACCAGAAAUACUUUAUUUUCUCGAACAUUUUAUCAUCCUGUAUCCAAAUGUUGUGCAGAUGAUGGAUAUAUGUAUUGGCGUCUGUUAGUUCUCUUUAUAGGCUUUAUUGUGGAACGAGAAUGUUAUAUUUCUUGCUAUAAAUUGUUCAUUAUCCAGAAUAAAUUA